GACGUCAGUGGAAAUUAUAAUAUAGACGAAUUUCUUAAUUUUACAAAAUUCAACAUAGCUAAUCAAGUUGAUGAUUUUGUUAAUAAUAUUAACAAAAAUUCUAAUCCAUUAAAUAUAUAUAAGUAUAAUUUUGCUUCAAAAUUAAAAAUAGAGUGGAUUUCAUAUUCUCGAAUUACAAAUUUAAAGGAAAUAGCAGAAGGAGGAUAUGGUAAAAUUUAUAAAGCGUCAAUAAAUGGAAAUAUUGUCGCGGUUAAAGAGUUUCUAAAUUCUCAAGAUCCUAGUAAAUAUUUUUUAAAUGAGGUAAUUAAUUGAGCUUCAAACUAUUCAUGAAAAAGAUUUUAUACAUCGAGAUUUUCAUAGUGGUAAUAUAUUAGUUGAAAUAACUGAAAUUGAUUCAUGUAUAAUUGACCAAU